AUGUGGACCGUGCACGAGGACGAGUACAAAAGCGCUGAAUUUAAUCUUGCGGGAUUCCUGGAGAGCGGAGUGGGUGAGGGCGAAGACAAGGCAGCCAAACCCAUCGGCGUCUACACAAAAUGCUCACAGGUCUUCGCCACGCCUUCUGCAACUCCAGCCGACAGCAUACCCUUAAGUAGCCACAGACAUAAUACCAACAUUGCGUGGACCAGUACGCAGAAUCCUUUUAGUUCUCCUUUACCGCGCAAUCUUUUUAGUCAUCCACAAGCUGCAACGCCUUCUCAGUCGAGCAUUAUGCGUGUCGAUGCGCCACCGUUUGAGCCGUCGCCGAAAAGCAUCGCCGCAACUGUUUCUUAUGCAGCCUCUUCACCUGUGGGUAAGCGAGGGAUGACACCCACACAGAUGUCACAUGUUGUCGCGCCUGAACACCUUAAUCCGCAGAUAAUCAUGCCAAUGGACGAUGCAUCUGGGAGAGGGAAGGACAGGAGUACUGCUCAGUACUUGGAGUGGAAUAAUCACCCUGUAACCGCUUACCAUCACCCACAUGUUGCGGUGCGCGCUUACGGUAGUAGCACGACAGCCGACAACCUGCGCGGUACAGUUUACGAAACUGCGAAAGAUCAGCAUGGCUGUCGGUUUCUACAACGCCUUCUGGGAGACUCCAACUUCGACAGGGAAAUCGCCCGCGUCAUCAUGAAUGAAAUUGUUCCGCACGUUGCUGAAUUGAUGACGGAUCAAUACGCCAAUUUUCUCGUUCAGAAACUUUUUGACAUCAUGCCACCCGAUGUGCGAUAUGAUGUGGCUCGUGUUGCUGCCCCCCAUAUUACCGUUAUUGCUCUCACUCCACACGGGACGUUUAGUGUGCAGAAAAUGAUUGAGACGAUUGCCACGCGGGAAGAAAUGAAUAUUUUGCGAGAGGCGUUGUCUAAGGAUGUUGUCCAGUUGGUUAAGGAUGCCCACGGUAACCAUGUCAUACAAAAGGUAUUGCAGCGAUUCAAUCAUGCCGAUAAGGAUUUUAUCUACACCGCUGUAGCAGGAGAUUGUGUAUCUAUUGCCAAGAACAAACAAGGCUGCUGUGUGCUUCAGCGUUGCCUCGAGUAUGCUUCUGAUUCGCAGAGAGAAACGUUAGUGAAGCAUAUUUUGGGUUGUUGCUUGCAAAUCGCCGAGGACCCUUUCGGGAAUUAUGUGCUUCAGUACGUCCUGGAGUCUAACAACAGCAAGACUACCGACACAAUUGCAAUUGCGUUCCUUCCGCAUCUAGUGCAAUUGUGCAUGAACAAAUUUAGCUCUAACGUCAUGGAGAAAGUGUUACGUGGCGCGUCUCAGCCGGUGCAGGAGAUGUACGUGGAAACCAUGUGUUCUCCAGAUGUUGUGGCUCGACUAAUUCAAGACGAUUUUGGUAACUAUGUGCUACAAACUGCUCUCACAAUUUGUUCAAUUGCACAAGCUGAAACACUCGUUUCCGUCGUCCGUCCCCUCAUGCCGACGAUUAGAAAUGCACCAUAUGCAAAAAAACUGGAGGGAAAAAUUGAGAGCAUCGUCCACAGAAUUACCAAUAGCCGCCAUGCUGUUGUGGAGGGGGAUAGCAAUCGUCAACUGGAGCUGCAUAGGCAAGAGUGCGAUGCAGUGUCACCGCACCGUGACUGGUAUCACGGCAGGGAGCCACGGGCGGCGGCGCACCAGCAGCUCUCCAGUUGA